AUGACUGCUGAAGUAGCUCAACCUACUGCGGAACAUCAAGCCGUUGUCGAAAAGAAGAAUUUCGAUAUUCUUAACAUCCUUGCUGAGAAGGUUUCUGGAACUGUAAAAUGGUUCAGCAUAAACCGCCAUUACGGUUUCAUUCAACGCGAUGACAAUAAGGAAGAUGUUUUUGUUCAUCGAACUGCCAUCACUGCCUCGAAACUCCGUUACCCUAAUCUCAAAAAUGGGGAAAGUGUUGAAUUCAAUGUUGUCGAGACUCCAAGUGGCAUUAAUGCUGCUUCAGUUACCGGUCCUAAUGGCCAAAAUGUCCAGGGCAUCCGUUUCUUUCGUCGUCGUUACAGGUCGUCUCAAGCUAACGGUGGGGACGGUCAUUCGAGCAUGAAUGGUGGUGCUUCCCAAGCCAGUGGUGAUGUUGAGGGAAGUCGAUUUGGGCGUGGUGGUAGUAGAAUGCGUCGUGGUCGCCGAAAUUACCGUGGUCCUAGCCAAAAUGGCGAUGGUGGUGAGUUUGGCAACACGGAGGCAGGUGAACAAACCGGUGAAGGUGAGGGCAAUUCUCGUCCACCCCGGCAACAGCGUCAACGUCGUUACCGUGGUGGUCGCGGUGGUGGCCGUCCACGUUCCACCAGCACUAGACAAGCUGGAGCAACUAAUGUAGAGGGUGAAGAAAGCGAUGCUGGUGCCGAAGAAUUUCGGCCGCCAGCUCGUCGAGGUGGACGUGGUGGCCGUCGUGGAGGUGGCAGAUUCCGCCGCGGUGCUGCACGAAACGGUGGUGGACCACAAAGGGGUGACGGUGGUGAAGGAGCUGAUGAAAAUAAUGUUCACUGUGCUCUAGUUGCUCAUGGCACGAAAAUCGAAGCAAAACAGCUUGAAGGGAAUUCAUCUUCAGCUCCUGAACAAACCAAAUUGAAUGAAGUGACUCAAUCUUCAGCGGACAAUUUGGAGUCCAAAAUGGAACAUUUGUCAUUGAAUGAGAAACAAUCGGGAAACAUGGAAGGAACAAACGGUGAAGAAGCCUCAGUUAAGGCUGUUGCUGCUGAAGGUAGCAGCGAAUAA